AACACAUUUCUAAUCUUUUAAAUAAUUUAACUAUUUUAACUUUUUUUGCAUGAUACAUAAUAAUCAAGUCAGGGUCUUGAUUCUAGGAGAGAGAAUCAGUGGAUUCAGGGUGUAACAACAAAAGGAAAUCUGUCCUUUAGAAGGGUCUACCUCCCACCCAGAGACUGAAAUAACAUCUGCACAAAUUAAGGUAGAUUGCAUUUUUGUUAAAAAUUAACAAAAUCUAACUUUUACCUCUUCAAAAAUCUGAAUUUCAUUAGUUAAAUGUCAUCCAGUUGUUUUUGGGGGGUAAAGGUCGACGAAGAGGGUUUCCUAGCAUCUUACCACCACCUUUCUAGAUUAGAUAGAACAAUAAAUAAUCAAACCAAGUAGAACGCAAGCUGGACGAUCUAGAAGGUCUUCUUUAUAGACUUUUGCCAUGGAAACCCAGAUCAGGAGUUUACAUUAUGAACUUAUUAUAAGAGACCUCAUUGCAUUAGCUGAAAAAGUCAAUCUGCAGAGUGCUUCUAAAACUAUAGCAAUCUCACAAGAAAUAAGCAUAAUAAAUAUAGAUCAAUGCAAAGAUUUGUUUAAAAUCAGGCAAGAAUCAGAGACUCUUAAACAUAAUAAUGUGUCUUGCCCUUCUCCUAAUUGCUUAGCCGUGCUAAUGACCACAGUGAAUAACAAAUUAAAGAGGUUUCCUCUCCUCAAUUCUAGGAGUUAGGUAAUUUAAUUUUCUCUUCAUUCUCUAAGAGGGAAAUUGAUAUGGAAAAAAUCCAUUGACUUCUAUGUCCAUAUAACUUAAGUGACCAUACCUCCGAUCUUAUGUGGACUGUUAUAUCCUUCAGAAAUAAUAUCCUGUGGAAAACCAGCUGGUUGCCUCAGUGUUUAUCAACCCAGUCAGGGUCAUAACCUCUCUAAUCUAUGACUUUAUGAAUCCUAUCCCUAUGGGAAGGAUAUGUCAAA